GGGAACUUGGGCAGACUGGGCAGACCAACCCAGGAAGGCAGCAGCAGAGAAUCUUCAAGGCCCAAAUGCUGGGAAAACAUACCAGCCCACACACAGUUCCUGGUCGUCAUCGGGCCCCAUGGCUUUCUCCUGGCCUUUCCUGCCUGGGCCUCACAUUCUUGUUGGUCUGGGUGGGCCUGCUGCAGGGACACCCCCAGUGCUUGGAUUAUGGACCACCCUUCCGUCCUUCUCUCCACCUGGAGUUUUGCUCUGACUAUGACUCCUUUGGCUGCUGCGAUCGGCGCAAGGACCACCGCAUCGCUGCCCGGUACUGGGACAUCAUGAACUACUUUGACCUGAAGGGUCACGAACUGUGUGGAGGUUACAUUAAAGACAUCCUUUGCCAGGAGUGCUCUCCCUAUGCAGCCCAUCUCUACGACGCCGAGAACCCCCAGACACCGCUCCGGAACCUUCCUGGUCUCUGCUCUGACUACUGCUCUGCCUUCCAUCACAACUGCCAUUCUGCCAUCUCCCUGCUAACCAACGACCGCGGCCUCCAGGAGUCCCAUGAAAAAGAUGGUGCUCGCUUCUGCCACCUCCUCAACCUUCCUGAUGAGGACUACUGCUUCCCCAAUGUGCUGAGGAAUGAUCAGCUCAACCGUAACCUGGGAGUGGUGGCCGAGGACCACCAGGGCUGCCUGCAGCUCUGCCUGGCCGAGGUGGCCAAUGGGCUGAGGAACCCUGUGUCCAUGGUCCACGCUGGGGAUGGCACCCACCGCUUCUUUGUCGCGGAGCAAGUAGGAGUGGUGUGGGUCUACCUCCCUGAUGGGAGCCGCCUGGAACAGCCCUUUCUGGAUCUCAAAAGCAUGGUGCUGACCACACCGUGGAUCGGGGAUGAGAGAGGCUUUUUGGGGCUGGCUUUUCAUCCCAAAUUCCGCCACAACCGCAAGUUCUAUAUUUAUUAUUCAUGCCUGGGCAAGAGGAAGGUGGAGAAAAUCCGGAUUAGUGAGAUGAAGGUUUUUCUCUCUGACCCUAACAAAGCAGACCCCAAAUCAGAGAGGGUCAUCUUGGAGAUAGAUGAACCAGCCUCAAACCACAAUGGUGGACAGCUUCUCUUUGGCCUGGAUGGCUAUCUGUAUAUAUUCACUGGGGAUGGAGGCCAGGCUGGGGAUCCCUUCGGCAAGUUUGGAAAUGCGCAGAACUUAAGUUCUCUGCUGGGAAAAGUGUUAAGGAUUGAUGUGAAUGGGGCAGGCAUGGGUGGCCAACGGUACCGAGUGCCCCUGGACAAUCCUUUUAUUUCUAAGCCGGGCGCUCACCCUGCCGUCUAUGCCUACGGGGUCAGAAACAUGUGGCGCUGUGCUGUGGACCGAGGGGACCCCAUCACACGGCAGGGCCGAGGUCGGAUGUUCUGUGGGGACGUGGGGCAGAACAAGUUUGAAGAAGUUGACCUCAUCGUUAAAGGCGGGAACUAUGGCUGGAGGGCAAAGGAAGGGUUUGCCUGUUAUGACAAGAAACUUUGUCAAAACGCUUCCUUGGAUGACAUUCUGCCCAUCUAUGCUUAUGGCCAUGCUGUGGGGAAGUCGGUCACUGGAGGGUAUGUCUACCGUGGAUGUGAAUCUCCCAAUCUCAAUGGCCUUUACAUCUUCGGGGACUUCAUGAGUGGCCGACUUAUGGCUUUGCAGGAAGAUAGGAAAACCAACAAAUGGAUGAAACAAGACAUCUGCCUGGGCAACUCGUCCUGUGCCUUCCCUGGGCUGAUCAGCGCGUACAACAAGUUCAUCAUCUCCUUUGCUGAAGAUGAAGCAGGGGAGCUGUAUUUCCUGGCCACCUCCUACCCAAGUGCCUAUGCACCACAUGGAUCGAUUUACAAAUUUGUCGACCCCUCAAGGCGAGCCCCGCCAGGCAAGUGCAAAUACAAGCCAGUGCCAGUGAAAACCAAGAGCAAGAAGAUCCAGUUCCGGCCACUUGCCACCACGGUCUUGGACUUGCUGAAGGAGGAAUCACAGAAAGCGGCGGCUCGAAGAUCAUCCAAUGCAACUUUACUUUCUAGCUCAGGCCGGGUUGCAUCUCAGAAGGGCUCCUCCAAGAAGCCAGCUUCUCCCACAAGCAGCAAGAAAACAUUGCAAGGGCCUGGUAGCAAGAAGAAAGGCAGAGUGUGGUUCCCAGGGCCCCACGGCAAGCGGAAGCUGACUCUCCACAGACGUCGCGGUGGGAUAGGGCAGGCAGCACGGAAGUCGCCAGGCGGAAGUCGCCCAUGA